AUGCCAUCAUCAAAUCCUAUUCCAAUCCAGACUAAUCUGGUGUUCCGCCCAGCACCGGGCGAUCAACAAAUUGGAUCACCAAAAGCUGUACAGUAUUCAAAGCAUAAGCACUCACGAUCUUCAUACUCGGAAUCUUCACCACUUACCGCUGUAUCGAGGAACAACUCGUUGAGCUUCCGUCCUUUAAAGCGCUCCACACCGUCGCCUAACAAAACGAUCGCUGUUAUAAAUGCAAGUGGCCGCCAGGCUGCUUCACUGAUCCGGAUAGCGACGGCUGUUGGUUUCAAAGUCCGUGCUCAACUCCGGAACCUUGAAGGUGUCAUAGCUACGGAGGUAGCCACAAACCCGAAUGUGACCGUCUUUGUUGGAGAACUAUACAUCCGCAAGAAGCCAGAUGAUAAACAGGACGUCACUGCUCAUGGUGACCUCCCGGGUAUACUAGUAAACCACAGCUUAAUCACUGAGCUCUUCAACGGUGCUCAAUUGGCUUUCAUUAACACAACCUUUUACGGAAACGAACUCCAAAUAGGACGGGCGAUUGCAGACGCAGCGAAGAGGGUUGGUGUGCAGCACUAUGUUUAUUCAUCCAUGCCAGAUCACUCUAAAUACAAUUCCUCGUGGCCGUCUCUCCCUCUUUGGGCAGCAAAACACGAGGUGGAGGAGUAUGUUCGAAAAAUUGGGCUACCUGCUACCUUCGUCUAUACCGGCAUUUAUAACAAUAAUUUCACCUCACUUCUUUUCCCAUUAUUUUGUAUGGAGCUGAAGCCUGACAAUUCUUUUGAAUGGCAAGCCCCUUUCCACCCAGAUGCUAAAUUGCCGUGGUUAGACGCAGAGCAUGAUGUUGGGCCAGCUAUUAUUCAGCUAUUCAAAGACGGGCCUGCUAAAUGGAAUGGGAAACGCAUUGCACUUGCUUAUGAGUAUUUAACUCCUUUAGAAGCAUGUCAUGCUUUUGAGAAGGGGGUUGGAAGGCCGGUGAGGUACAAGAGAGGACCAAUCGAAGUCAAAGUAAAAAUACCCGAGGGAUAUCGGGAGCAGCUCGAAGGUUUAGAGAAGUUGUUCUCACCGUCCAACAAAGACGCCGAUAAACAACCGCCUUACUUUGGUGACCAGAAGCUUGAUGAUAGGUGCCCUGAUGAUGCACUGGCAUUGUGGGAAGGACCACGAGGCCUUGAAGAAUACGCACGCGAAAUUUUCCCCAUGGAAGAAGAGGCCAAUGGCAUGACAUGGAUGUUCGAUGACGAGGACGGUGCCACGUAUGAACAACCGGACGCGACCGUUGAUAUUUCCAACAUCAACGAAAAGGGACAGGAUGGCAACGAAGGAGACGGAGACGAUGACUCUUUCGAUGAAGGCCUUGUGAUGAGAGGCUUGAAGAGGGACGAAGAAGACUGGCUAGCAUAG